AAGCAAUUGACCUUGUUCAUCAGCAAUUCACCACGUUAGCUGAGUUUAUGCAGUGGAAAGAACAAUAUGAGACAAGUUCACGAUCUUCAUUUGUCCUACAUUCUUCUCCAAAGGAGCGUAGUUCAGCAGGCUAUGUAACUUACUACUAUUAUUGUAACAGAUCUGGCAAGUAUAUUGGUAGAGGAAAGGGAAAGCGGCAAUUAAAAAUUCAAGGAUCUUCAAAGUUGGAUACACACUGUCCUGCCUAUAUAAGGGCAAAAAGGUACCAAGAUGGACAAGUGCAUGUUGAAAUAUGUGACUAUCAUACCCACGAGUUGCUAUUAGCACAUCUUCCUUUGCCUGAGUCAACUAGACAGAUAGUUGCAGCAAAACUUGCCGAUGGAGUUACCAUUUCAACAAUUUUUGAUUCUGUUCGUGAUGAGCCUUUGGAUGGAGUAAUUACUCGUAAACACCUCCUUUGCCGUCAAGAUAUACACAACAUAAAAUAUCAAUACAACCUGGAAGGUGUGAAAUUGCAUUCUGAUGAUCACACAAGUGUAUCUUUGUUUGUUGCUGAGAAUAUGAGGAUUACAUGCGAGUCAGAAGAGUUUGAAAAUCCUGUAAUUAUUUAUAAACAGCAAGGGCAAGAGCAACCAGAUAGUAUUGAUGAUUUGUCUGAUGAGGACUUCAUUAUUGGGCUUCAAACACCUUUUCAACGGGAUAUGUUAACUAAAUUCGGGUCAACUGCAGUGUGUAUGGAUAGUACACACGGCACAAAUGUAUAUGACUUCUUCCUAAUAACGAUUUUAGUACUAGAUGAGUUUGGAGAAGGAAUUCCUGUAUGCUGGUUCAUUUCUAAUAGAGAAGACUCUGCUGCAAUACGACAAGGUUUACUCAAGCUUAAGGAUAGGUGUGGGGAUAUUCAUACCAACACCUUUAUGAGUGAUGAUGCAGAGAAUUUCUACAAUGCAUGGCAGGGAGUUUUCACCACACCACACAAAAAGCUAAUCUGUGCCUGGCAUAUCGAUAGGAGCUGGAAGAAAGGAAUUCAGAGACACAUUUCUGGUAAAGCUAAGCAAGAAGAAGUAUAUCAUUGUUUGCGUGCACUUCUAAACGAAGGUGACGAAGCUUCAUUUCGCCAGAGGCUUCAGCAAUUUGUCUCAUGGCUCUCCACUAUGGAAGAAUUGUCAAGUUUUUCAGAGUACUUUCAACAUGAAUACAUCAAACGAGUUGAACAGUGGGCUCCAUGCUACAGAAUUGCGUCAGUCGUGAAUACAAAUAUGGCUGUUGAGUCGUUUCACCAUGUUUUGAAGGUAUGUUACAUGGAGAAAAAGCAAAACCGUCGUGUUGAUAAGCUGAUUCAUUUUCUGUUGAAAAUUGCUCGUGACAAAGUCUUUGACAGAAUAAUCAAAACUCAAAAGGGAAAGAUGACUCAUAGGUUGAGUGAAAUUAUGAAGCGACAUAGAAAUGCAGAAGAAGCGUUACCAUCAGUCAACAUCCAGUGCUUAUCUGAAGGGAACUUGUGGAGAGUGGAAUCUGUUUCCAUGCAGAAGACCUACAAUGUAGAACGAAACAGUGCAUUGCAGUGCUCAUGCAAAUUGAGCUGUUCAACUUGUAAAGUUUGUGUACAUUCAUUUACUUGUACAUGUAUGGACUACAUUCUACAUGCAACAGUAUGUAAGCACAUUCAUAUUGUAUGCCUUGGUACCAGCAUUGGCAACAAAGCCGAGGACACUUCAAGCAUAAGACGGAAUCCGUUGGUACAGGAACAGGAGUGCAACAGUUUUAUUAUGUCAGACUCUGGAGUCAAUUAUACUGAAAGUACUGACUUGGCAGAGGGCUGCCUUACAGCAGAUACAGCUACAUGUACUACUUCUGGUGUUACAGAAAAUCUUGAAAUAUAUCUUAAAACAACUUUAAGUGAUGAAAGUCAUUUGACUCAAAUGAAAGCUGUCAAGAUGUGUAAACAGAUAGAAGCAGAGUUGCUUAACUGUCAAGAUGUCGAUGCAAUUACAGCUGGAAUGAAGCACCUCAGUUCUGCUUUGAUGGUAAUAAGGUCAAUGAACAAUAACCCAAGAAAUUCUUCAUUUCCUGUAAAGAAGCGACCAGCUCCAAAUGCAAAUUGUGAGAAGCAGUUUCGUUUUAAAUCCACUAAAAGGAAAACCGAGCAUGUGCGUAAAACACUGUCGAAACCAAAUUUGGAUGAAAUGAAGGAGUGUGUUGAAAAAUUAGAUGAGAUUGAAGUCGAUGUUUGUGGGUUAUGUUUGCAUCCUGAUGAUAAGACUGGUAAUGCUGUUGUGAAUUGGGUGGAGUGUCUACUUUGUGGCACUUGGUAUCAUGAACUUUGUGUUAAAACUGACUCUCUUGAUGAUUUUAUUUGUGAUGUUUGUCAAAAAGAUUAA